CAUAGCCGGACUGCUUGGCUCAAUGGCUUUCAUAUUCUGGAUCGGAUUUGGAGGCAUGGCACUGCAGAACAGUCCUGACCUUCUGCCUACGUCGGCGCAUGGCUGCAACAUCAGUGACGUCAUGAACGCCUCUGCCCUCAUCCUGUCAACGGCCGACAACUGGGAUGUAAAUCAGAUGACAGCUAUAGCUACAAACCCGAGUAUAGUGGAGAGUGCAAAUGGAAAUUAUAUGUACAGGAUAUCGUACAUGUGGUAUGCCUUGAUCAGCGUCAUAGCAUGUACACUGAUUGGUGUAGCAGUCAGCUGUGUCACAGGCAGAAACAAGAAGCCGGCGAGCGCGCGCCUGUUUUGGCCACCUGUGCUGAGAUAUUCUCGGUUCCUUCCUCCAAUCAUUACCUGCGAAGAAGAAAAGAAGAAAAUGACUGAAAUAACGCUUAACACUGCGACCAAUAAACAGAUGGCAUACGGGAAAUUACCAAUCCAUCCAACCUGCAACAUCCAAGCAAUGACGUGUAGUAGGGCGACGAGUGCGUAG